AUGGCCUCUUCUUUUUCUGCAUCUUCUGCAUCCUUCUCGUCCACCUCCCCUUCCACUUCUGCUCCACUUCUCGUUGACUCCUCAUGCGACCUCUCUCACAACUACCUCACAGGUCGCGCACUGAAGCCUCUUGCUGUGCGCACCCUGGAUCUCUCCAGCAACUUCCUCUCGGGCACUCUGCCCGACGGGGCAUGCCAGCCUCUUUCUUUUGAUGCCAACUGCUUCACGCUGCCACUGGGCUGUGCCUUGGUGCCGCAGCGGCAGAAGGCAGCAUGCAAUGCAUUCUGUGGCGUCUCCUCUGCAGCUGGUGGUGCUUCUGCAUGUGGUGGACAUGGAGUGUGCUAUCCACAGGGGCCUAACUUGGCACCCACAUGUCUGUGCGAUGCGGGAUUCGUGCGCUCUGGAGACAUUGACUGUGUUGCUCAAGGCCAGAACAUGACUUACUCAAGCAGCCAGCCGGUUCUCCCGCCAGCAUCUGUGCUCACCAAGGGGACACAGCGGGAGACGAGGGGAAACUUCACCACAGCUCCGGUGACUCUGUUUGUGUACGAGGCAGGGCAGCGGCUGUCGGGGUGUGGACUGCAGCUCGCCUUCCAUGCCAACUUCACCUUCUCCCUCUCGCCUCAAUCCGGCCGCGUGGGCUUCAACGGCUUUGCCUUUGUUAUCUCGGCAACGGACCGGGUGGGGAGAGGCAUCGGUGUGGGGUAUGGUGGAAUGGACAUGCGAAGUGUGGCAGUUGAGUUUGACACUCGGCAGGACAAGCAGCACGGCGACAUGAGCAGCCAGCAUGUGGGGCUGAAUGUUCGAGGCGAGGACAAGUCGCUAGCCGCUGUGCCGUCACCGUUCCCUCUAAGCAGCAAGAAGGCGUACACAGCAUGGGUGGACUAUGAGCCGGGGGAUCCCGGCACCAUCCAAGUCUUCCUGGCUGACUCGAAGGAGAAGCCACAGGAGGCGGUGCUGGAGAGGAGGCUGGCGCUGUGCGAGGUGCUGCAGGGUGGGGCGGAGCAGCACGCCUUCUUCUUUGGCUUCGUGGCCUCCACCACUGUGAAGCCGUUUCAGAAGCACGUCAUUCUCGAAUCUACAGUGGACACAGGCCUUCCUGCUUCUCCCCGAUCAGUCACACGUACUCCAGCCUAUGGCCUGCAGCUGUUAACGAACACGUACAUGCCAUCAUGGGCCAGCCCCUUCCCACGCUACGUGAGUGCGGACUACCGAGUGGCGCCCAGCAAGCAAGACUCGUGGGUUAUCAUCGACUUCCACUCCUGGGACUCCGUGCCCUUCCUCGGCUGGCCUGUCAAGGACCAGAAAGACUGCAAUGCUUGUUGGGCGUUUGCACUGGUGGCAAGUGUGGAAGCUGCAUACGGCAUUGCAACGAAUGGAGAGGCGCCGCAGCUGUUAGUGGAGUCACUCUUUGCAGCCAUGGGGCUCACCUCCGAGGCUGACAAGUGCAGCACGGGGGGCUCCCCCACCGAGGCGCUUGAAACGCUUCUCACGCUGCCCAAUGGCGGAAUCACAGAGGCUGGCGCACCUAAUAAGAAGUACCCUGUUCACGCAUUUGAGCGCACUCGAUUCAAGGGAUUCGUGGGGCUCAUGCUGGCAGUUCGACGACAGCCAGUGGUGGUUCACAUAGAGGCUUCUUCUCGAGAUUUCGCGCAAUAUGACGGGACCUUCAAGCACCAGGAUCCUGGCUGCUACACCGGUAGACUGAACCACGCUGUACUCGUUGUUGGCUACUUCAUCUUCAGAAAUGACGGCAGCCAAAAUCGCAUUGCGCCUCCUACUCCUGCAUCUGCCCUCUCAACUACGUUGAAAGCACAACCAUUGACAGCUUCCCCACCUGCGACCCAG